GGAUUAAAUUAAAAAAAUAAACAUCUCGCCUGUUUUUAAAAAAGUGUAUGUAAAAGAAAACCAAAGUGCAUUUAUUUCACGUUUCAUUUGUUCAGCACACAUGAACAAAUAUGAUACAUUGUGUUCGACUUGUACGGCGGUAAAGAGAGAGCAGGCACUCUAAUUAACCGGAGAAGAAGAAGAAGGUUACCCGAGAAGAAGGCUCACCCCGGAAGUCUAUGCAAGCGGGCUAUUUGAAAACGUAAACUCGUCUUUUCCUGCUCGCGUUUUCAACCCCUCAAACAUUUCCGUCAUGCCGAGCAAACUGCCGAGACUCAAGCAAAGAGUCAAAUCCAAGAUGAAGACUAACAUUAACGUGAGGCCGGCGUCGGAAGCAAUGAUGGAGCUCCUCGCUGUGCUUUUCCUCAACAAUUUGGCCCAAGAAGCAAAAGCCAAAGCGUUUGAGGAGAGAUCCGCAACGAUCCGGGCCCAUCACGUCAAAGCAGUCGCCAAGAGAGUGCUGAAAAAUGCCAGAGGAUGAAGACCAUGUUUUGAUGAUCAUCCUUUCGCCCACCGGGAAGUGCUUUAUUUUUUCCUGUCUAUCUAAUGUUGCUUCACUUUGAUUUUCUCAAUUCAAAUGAUCUGUUCCUUCCAUUUUUGCUUUCUUAACUUGGUGUAUACUGUAUUCCUAAUAAUAAAUCCACUGAAUAUUCUUCAAUGGCUGAACUCA